UCUAUAGCUCAUCCCCUGCCCAAGUGGUUUACAGUGGUAUAUCAUUGCCAGAUGCAUGCUUUAUUAGAGUUUCUUUAAAUGUUACUAGAACCUAAAUCACAACACUCAGGGAAGAGAUGGCAUCUCCCAUCUUUACGCAGAAAGAUGCAUUGAUACCGCAUCCUGUGCAUUAUCCUCACAGCAACGAGAAGCACCCUGUGACCCACUCCAUUUCUCCCUGUGCCCCAGGGAGAGCUGGGCUGCACCCUCCUGCUGUGACACCUCUGCCCUGAGCUUACCUGAGACUGCAAACAAAGUGUCUUAUCUCCCUGUGCAAGGCUUGAAACCCAUCAGCAUGAGUAAGAACUGGGUGUUACAGCCCACGUGUACCUAAGAGUGUGUUUCAGUAGUCUUGACUGAUGUCAGGGAUAUUUCAGAGUGUUAGUCAGUAUGCAGAUGUAUUCACUCCCACCCAUUCCUGCUUACAAAUGAGUCAGGCAAUCAAGAAACAAAUUAACAAACAAAGAGGAAAAUGCUUCUAUUUUUUGUUUCCUUAACUCUGCUUAGGGAAGAUCCAUGUUGCAUCACCUGCCAGCAAGUAACCAGGAGGCAUUUACCUGCCCUGGGUACAGCUCGGGGCUGGGUGAGGGUCUUUUCUGCUCUGGUAGCAUUUGGUUUUGGUAAAAACUAGUGCUUACAGCCACUCUCAAGUCAAAGGAAAGGGUUGAGUUAUCCCCCCGUCCCUUAUGGUGGGGCAGGAGGACCAGAGGCAUUACCCAAGCUAUGGAUGACAGUUGUCCCCCACCCUUGGUUGCUUUCCAUCUCCCUGACUCAGGGUUUAGCUCCUUGGGUGUUCUGGAAAGGUUUCCACUGUUGCAGAGGUUUGGCUGGGUCUGCUGUGCUGCAUCUCCUCCCAGCUUCAGAAACAGCCUCUUGGAGCAAACGGUGCUUGACAGAGGAGCACAGAAAUCACUGCAAUGAAGUCUGGAGAACCAGGAUGGGGGAAGCACCCAGGCACCCUGACCUGCAGGGCACCUGCUGGUGCAUGGAGGUCUCGCCACUCCAUGCUGCUCCUGCCCCUGCUGGGGCUCCUGGGCGUGCCUGUGGUUCAUGGUGAGUACAGGGGUAUGGGAUUUGGGACGAGGACUAGUGAGACCUGUCUGAAUCCCACCUUGCUGUUCAGAGCUGGAGUGGGUGAUGCCACCACCACCCGCAAGCCUGGGGGGACCCAUUGCUUGAUGCUCUCAUGGAUGUAGUCCUGCCUGGUACCUUUGCCUAGAGAAGAAGCGUGGGCCAGCCCAGGAGUUGGGAUGCUCAGUGGGGCUGGGGAAGGGGCCAGGGAAUGGAGUCCUCACCAAAAGUGGCCUUCUCCUACUGCAGGUGACUGUGGGCCUCCACCUCCCAUGACUUAUUCCAGGCCAUCCAGUGACGAGCACACCAGCAGCUUCCCUGUUGGAUCCAGCGUGAUGUACACGUGCAUCGAAGGCACCAUCAAAAUCCCUGGGAGAUCAGACUCAGUGAAGUGCCUGCCCGGCGCACGGUGGUCCACACUGCCCGAGCCCUGCAGCCGGAGCUGCACUGCCCCGACAAGGCUGCGGUUUGCUGCCCUUUCCAAGGUGGAUGAGAGGAUUAAUUUCUUUCCUGUUGGGAGCAACGUGAGCUAUGUCUGCCGCCCCGGCUAUGAGAACACCUCAGAAAGUUCCCCCACCAGCACUUGCCUGGAAAACCUGGAGUGGUCGGAAGCUGCUGAGCUGUGCAGGAGGAAAUCCUGUGGGGACCCAGGAGCACUGCCCGGGGGCAGGAUGGUCACACUGACAGACCUGCAGUUUGGUGCCAGAGUGAACGUGUUCUGUGAAGAUGGGUGAGUCCCAGGGCAACGUCCCAAGCUCCAGCACACUGCUGCUGGAAUACAAGCUCUGGUCCAGUGCAAUGAUGCUGGGAUGCUGUUUCAUUGUAUAUCACUCCUAUGGUGUUGCUCCGAGUGCAGAGCAUGGGGCUGCUUUUCCCACUUGAAUUGCACCUUUGGGCUGGGAAGGAAUAAGACACAGCUGGAGGGAAGGGACUGGGUUUGAAUCUCUGGCUGCCUUUUCCAUCAAGUGGCAUGCAAAGGAGAUUGAACUGCCCCUGUGUAUCAACCCCAACAGGGUUGGUUGUGCAUUUUAUUUAUAACUACAGACUUCAAAACAAGUUACUUCAAAUAUUUCAUAGAAUCACAGCCUGGUUUGUGUUGGAAGGGACCUUAAAGCUCAUCCAGUUCCAACCACCUGCCACAGGCAGGGACACCUUCCACUAGAGCAGGUUGCUCCAAGCCCUGUCCAACCUGGCCUUGAACAUUUCAGCUUAAUAUGAGAUAUAUUGAAGGAAAAGGGGUUAUGUUGGAAUGUUUAAAGGUCAGUGAUGUUCAGAAGACUGCAGUGAAGCACUCUUUCCAUCACUCAGUGAGCUGACUCAUGCUUUCUGCCUGCUUUCAAUCAGGGCCACGUGCAGAAGACUGACCUGCAAAACUAAGCUCUUGCACGUCUAGCUUGCAUUCCUCCCUCCCUAGCAGGAAUUAGCUGGCAUCAUCUGGCUUGUUCUGGCAGUCUUUGCAGCUGCUUCAAAUGUAACACAGGGGGUUUUCCUGCAGAUAUUCCCUUAGGAUGGAUGUUAGGGAAAUGACAGCAUGUCCCACCCUUCUGGCAUUCAGUUAAUCUUUGGAAAUAACAGACCAGGGUGGAGGGAUAAUGUUAUCUAUGUAAGCAAGAUCAGGUAUUAUCGAUCAUGCCCAAAUGGUGAAUUUUUUGGAGCAGAAGGAUGUAAAUCAGAGAUUGGGGAAGGAGUUGGUGCUGUCAGAACAAGAUAUAUUGAGCUUCCAGGAAGCCAAUCCGCCCCAAAUGACAUAGAUCCUUAUUGCCCCUCGCUGGUCG